AUGUCAAUUGCAUUCAACAGCAGCUAUCUCGACGAAAUCCAGACCGCCAUUCGGUCCAGACCCAUUCCUUGGGACGGCUAUGUGCGGGCCAACCUGCUGACCCCCGACGAGGCUGCUCUGAUCAAGACUAUUGAGAAGCAGAGCCCGGAGGCCCGAAAGGAGACCGUCAAGAAGGACCUAACCCACUAUGCGACCUCAUUUGUGUCGCUGCUGCGAAAGAUUCCCCGGGAAGAUGUGGCCAAGUACAUUCUGUCGUUUGUUGCUAGCCUGGUCCAGGAGCUCCCUGAGUUCGCACAGGCCAUGUUGGAACUGAGUAAACUGGACUCGGAUUCGCCUUUUGGUCCCCUUCUCAAGCUGCUCGAGUCUGAGGACGAGCAGAUUCAACUGCUGGCUGUCAAGUCCAUCGUCGUGCUUUUGGCCGACUCCAAGACGGUCGAUCUCACCACAGAAAAGUACGCAGCCCAGUACCUGCAGUUUGUGGGUCUUCUGAUCGGCUCAUCUGCAUCUGUGCAGGUCCAGGACGUGGGCACCGUGUCUCUGGCCGUACUGCUGUCCAACAGAUCCUACCGACCUCUGUUCUGGAAGUUCAACUCCGAGCUGGUCCCCAAACUGCUGGACAUCAUCAAGGCCGACAAGGGUGGUCUGCAUCUGCAGUACUACACCCUGCUGGUCAUCUGGCUGGAGAGCUUCGACAACAAGGCUGCCCACCAGCUGGUGUCCUCUUUCUCCGAACUCAUCCCCACUCUUCUGCAGGCUGCACGAACCUCCGUCAAGGAGAAAAUCACGCGGCUUUGUGUCGCUAUCAUCGUCAACGUGCUUAAGGCCGCCCCCAAGGACACGGUUGCCUCGCUGCUGCUGAACCAGGGCCAGGCAGUGUUCAAAAACUUUAGCGACCGAAAAUGGACCGAUGAAGAGCUUAUUGAAGACAUUGAGGUGGUCUACACACAGCUCAACGAAGAGGUCGCUCGAAUGACCACUUUCGACCGGUAUUACGCCGAAAUCAAGAGCGGCAAGUUGUCCUGGACUCCUGCUCACAAAUCCGAGUUUUUCUGGCAGGAAAACGUUGGUCAGUUCAAAGACGACGACUGGAAGGUGCUGAAGAUGCUGGCGGGAAUUGUCAAGAGCGCCACUGAUCCCACUGUUCAGGCUGUGGCCUGCUCUGACGUUGCUAACGUGUGCAAGUUGCUGCCUGAUGCUAUCCAGGUGCUGCAGGACGACGGGGCAAAAUUGAAGAUUAUGGAGCUCAUGAGCAGUGAUAACUCGGAGGUGCGAUUCGAGGCGUUGAAGGCCACACAGGUCUUUGUUGCCCAGUCGCUUAAAUAA